GGCUAUCUCCAGGGAAUUGAAGAAGAGAACACGCACACACAUACUGUUAAUUGCGUAUUAGCUAUGAAGCAAAAGAUCGUGAUUGAGGUUCCAUUGAAGUGCGAGAAAUGCAGAACAAAGGCCAUGAGCAUAGCUUCAGUGGCUAUGGGGGUUACGUCAGUGACGUUUGAUAGGAAAGAGAGAGAUAAAGUGGUGAUAAUAGGUGAAGGAGUUGAUGCAACUCUGCUCACUAAGUCUUUAAGGAAGAAGUUCAGCUAUGCCCACCUUGUUGGUGUCUCCAAACUGGAAGCCUCUUAACAAUUUAUAUAUAUAUAUGU